GAUACAACUGAGCAGGCGCCUGGAGCAUUUGAAACACAGUAGAAAUAGGAAGUUGAAGUUCAUGCACUUGUGACUCAGUGGCAAUAAAGGCGGUGUCUGCUCUGGUAAAAAAUAGUUGGGGUAUGCACAGCCAGCAAAGUUCCAGCCUGAAUCAGUGCAAAAAAGGAGGUGGGAAGGAACAUAUCUCAGGUAUAUUUCCUAGGUGUACGGUCCCGCUUUGGGAAGUGUCUUUCCUGGUGCUGGUUCCUGCAUCCAGAAAGCUGAAGCUACUUGUGGGUGAGGACAGAGGGGGUCAUCUGCCCAAGUGCUCUGACAGCUCUUGGCUCAGGCAACACAGAAGAACUAGAGAGCGUGGGUGAGCGCCAGAAUAGCAGGUCAGAAGCACAGAGCACUAACUCUUGAAUCAGGGUCCAACUUGCGUGUGCCAGCAGAUGUGACCAUGAGGGAAUUCUGCAUUGUGGUGCUGGCACUCUGCUUGGCCUCUGUGGUUGGAGACGAACAAGAGAGUAUCCCAAUGAAGAGCCUACACUGUUAUAAUGACUAUGCUUCACAAAAAACCUGCACGUGGGAGGAGUGCUCAAAGGCACAUCACUUCCUGAAUAUGACUCUUUUCCAUACGGAUAGUUGCACACCCAACAGCAUAGAGAUGCCAUGUGGGUCCCAAAGAGCAGGGGAGCGUGCUGACUGCCAGGGCUCCCACAUGCAGUGGGUAUGCCACAGAAAAAGCUCCUGUUUUGCAAUAGGGAUAAAAGAUAUUUACAGCUUCAAACCUGAUCGGUUGCUGCAGACUGAACUGAAUGUCACCCUUUUCCAGAAUGUCCAACCACUACCACCUCAAAAGCUGUCAAUCCAUGUGACGAUAGCAGAUAAUUUUCUGCUGGUAUGGGAAGCAGCUGGUGGGAUAAAUGGAAGCCCUUUGCAGGACGACUCAUUGGAAUAUGAAGUGGCCUACAAGAGGGACUGGGAGUCCUGGGAGAUUUCUUCCUCUGUGUUAGUCUCAAAUACCUCCAACCACCUCUUUAGCCAUGACAGCCUUCUCCCCGGGAGCACCUAUGUUGCUCGUGUCCGAGCCAAACCAAGCCGGAAGAGUAACUUUACUGGGCAGUACAGCGCAUGGAGCACAGAGGUGUCUUGGGAGACCCAAGCAGGAGAUGAUGGUCAGCCCAAGAAUCUCCGCUGCCUCUUCAAUGGCGUUGAUUGCCUCCUGUGCAGCUGGGAAGUACGGCAAGAGGUCACCAGCUCCAUCUUGUUCACACUCUUCUACAAGGCUACGCAGACAUCAGAAGAGAAGGAAUGCUCACCAGUUCAUGAGAAGAGGUUGCCUCACACCCCCUAUGUGUUCCAGAGCUGUGAGAUCAAUAUUUCCAACCCCAACCAUGUGAGUUGGUACCAUGUAACUGUCCGGCCCAAGAAAGAAGAGAAAAGUAUUGAAGCCUGCAAGCACAUCAAAGUGCUUGCACCCACCAACUUGACGAUGACAAAAAAGGAAGACCAGGGGUAUGAACUGAGAUGGGUAAAGCAUAAACUACAGUAUGGCUUUAUAAAACAGAGCUAUCAAGUCUUGUACUGGAAGGCAGACCAGUCCUCGGAGGCUGCCAAGUCCAUCAACAUCAGCAAUGAUGAGCCCCCCUUCAUCUUCCCCUCCCAGAUGCUAAAGUCAUCAACACACUAUAGGGCAAAAAUGCGGGCAAGGGUGCAUGCGCUCUCUGACUAUGAUGGUCCCUGGAGCGAGUGGAGUGAGGAGUGCACUUGGGAAACAGAGCACGUUGUGUCAUCCGUGGUUGUCCCACUGCUGGUCUCAUUCGGCAUCACCAUGUUGGUAGUAGUUAGUUGGUACAGCUCUCAGUAUUUCCUCAGCAAGAAGAAGAGAUGGGAGGAAAAGAUUCCCAAUCCCAGCAAGAGUCAGCUGGUGCAGGGCUUCUUUCAGAAAGGACCUUUAGGGUCCAGUAGCUUGUGGGACUUCAGCAAACUGAGUUCUUCAGAGAAGAUGGAGCAGGCCAGCAACCUGCAAGUGCUAGAUGGUGUGGCGAAGUUUGUUUCGGCAGGGUCCUUAGGAGCUGAGGCACCAAAGAUGGACCAAGAAAACCGGUAUUACAUUUCUGAAGUGCCAGGUCCCACUCCACUUUCAGCAACCCUGUGUGGCUGGCAGUCAAGUCAAAGGACCAGUCAGUCCCUCUCACCGGCCCCAUUUGCCUGUGUUGGCAGUGCUGAGGUGGACACUACCUCUCGGGUCCCCAGGUCCUUCUGUGAUUUUAAUGGUCCAUACCUUUAUUGCUCAUAUGGGAACUCCCUGGAUCAUACUCAGGAGGAUCUGGGAGCUGCCCCAGAAGGAAUCAGGAAGGAAUCAAUAUCUGUGGAAUACAUUUCCCUACCCCAGGAGUGCUGUACCCAGGCCUCAAUGGUGGGGGCAGAGACGAGAGCAAUUUUUCUCCAAUCCCCCUGGCUCUCAGACCAGAAAGAAAUGAAGCAGAUUGUUGCUGGAGGGCAAGAUGCAUUACAAGACCUACCAGCAGGUGAGGAAGGAGUGAAAGAGGAAAGAGAAGGUCAGGGAUCACUGACUGUUGUCCCUAUUAACAGCUCCUCUUGGAAAUGGCCGUUGGAGUACAUCACCACCGAAGGUCUGUGCUUGGUACCGGCAGAAGAUUCUGUCAAUCUCUCACCUGCCCCGGACCCUCAGGAGCAGAUGCUCAAUGGUGCUGGCACAUUAACUUAUGACUCCCAGCUGCCUCAAACUGUGGAUGACACCUUCAGCCCUGCAUUGCUCUCUGGGAGGUUUGGUGUCUCACUCCCAGUUGCAUCUCAAGCACCAGCCACUCCUCCUGGAUCACAGCAACCUGAACUGGAUAGCAAUAUGAAACUCCCUCUGACCCCACAAGGCAGCCCCAAACCCAUCAGCCUUUCCCCCUCUGCUUCACUGGAGGAGGGUGAGCUUUCUAAAGAAGAGCCUGUGCAUCAGAAUAGCUUGGUCGUGUUCAACCCUGAUGGCACUGACCCAGUUUUCCUACACCAGGUGGGUGAAUAUUGUUUCUUCCCCAACCCCAGCAAAAAGAUUUCCAAGAAUCAGGAAUCCUCCUUAGCCAGUAAGUCUCCAGAAGCCAGUGAGCUAGUUGGAAAGACUGCGUGUGAUGAAAAAUCUGCCCACAACAAGCCAGAGGAUGCACUUCGCAUGCAGGCCAUUCAGCUCUUCAAAGCGCUGAAGUCUGAUGAUUACUUUGCAUCGCCACUGUGGGAUGGACAGCAGCACACGUCAAAGGCCCGGGAAUUUUGCUGAAGUUGCAAGUGUCAGCAAAGACAGUGAGUGACUGAACAAAAAUGUGGUCAUUCAAGGAUUGUCAUGAUCCUCUGUUGUAUUCUCCACUGCUUCCCUCCCCACUCCUGCGCUGCCCAUGGAGAAAGGGAAUGGGAAGUUCCUUUCUCUGGGUCUCCAUGCUUCCAAAGUGGUUGAAAUACAUUAGAUGUUCUCCUCCUCACUGUGUUUGGCUAGAGGCACAAGCCAAACAUCCCCAUUUGAAGAAACCUGCCACUUUUCCAACGCUGUCAUUUCUGAAAACCUUGACAUGGUUCUAGUGCAGAAUGUAAUGACAACUUCACAACACGAGGGAUCCAACUUCAUGUCAUAUUUUAAGACUGUCACAAGUUUCUGGAAACUGGAAAGAAAUGCCUCCUACUAUUAAGUCCAAGAGAGUUUAUUUAGCAAGAUAGUGAUAGUAAUCAUCUUGCAGUGUUGAUAGAAGAAGGGUGUAGCAGGGAUGGGAACUGCUCAGGACAGUACAAAAUGGACAGGAAUAAAGGGGUGAAACUGAAAUUGGAAGAUUUGACUGGAGACCAGGAAACCUCAACUUGAUUUCUCCUAGAGGGGAGAUUGAAAUGCCCCCAUCACUGCAACACAACAAAUUAGACUGCACAAAGCCAUAGAGACCAUAAAGAUGUACAUAAUUAGACCACACAGAUUAGACCAUAGAGAUGUACAUAAUUGUUGGAAAAACUAUACUGGGGAUAGGCUGAACAAGCCUGGACUUCACAGUCCCUUGUAGUUGUGUUUGCUAAAAUACUGGAUGAUUUCCUGCUUUUCCAGGCAUUGGCUGUUCCUAGAUGAUUGUAAUACACCUCAACUUGCUGCUUUAGUGAUCUCUUUUUCAUAUGGUAUCAGAUAUCAGUUUCCAAAUCUAUGAGCCACCGUCUGGUAUUGCUCAAUGGAUGGAUGCCAUGUGCCCCAUCUGGGCAUUUUUAAAGACUACAGAGUUUGAUGAAAUGUUGUGCUGUUUGUUGGACAUUGCAUUCACACAGGGGGCUGUCCAAGAUGUUCCUCUUGUAAAGUUAUUUUGAAGUGUCUGUAUCCAGUUCUCAGUUUGAUCUGUAAGGUAUAAGCUGUGUCUCCAAUUCCUUUAUUGCAAGUGAAGCCGUGAAGCUUUGGAAGCAAAAAAACAAAC